GGGCGGGGCUUGGGUCUCCUUGCCGGGAUUUCUGCCGACCAUGGAAGCAAAGACUCUUGGAAUUGCAACACCCAGAAAGCCUGUCUUAUCAGUCAGUGCUAGAAAAAUUAAGGACAAUGCAGCCGACUGGCACAAUUUAAUCCUGAAAUGGGAAACCCUCAGUGAUGCAGGUUUUACCACUGCAAAUAACAUUGCCAACUUGAAAAUCAGUUUAUUGAGUAAAGACAAGAUCGAAUUAAAUAGCAGCAGCCCAGCUUCCAGUGGGAAUGAAGAAAAGAUGCAUCCACACUAUGAUAAGGAGCUUGAGGUGCUAUGUGAGGAAUUGCAGGCUACCUUGGAUGGUUUGACCAAAAUCCUGGUGAAAAUGGAAAAGCUGUCUUCAACUACCAAGGGAAUUUGUGAACUAGAAAAUUAUCAUUAUGGGGAGGAGAGUGAGCGGCCCCCUCUGUUUCACACGUGGCCUACAACCCACUUCUAUGAGGUUUCCCACCAGCUCGCUGACAUGUACAGGCAGGAGCUCCUCCUGAAGCGCACGGUGGGUGCAGAGCUGGCACACACGGCAGACCGUGACCUCACCCUGAGCUACCUGUCAAUGUGGCUACACCAGCCCUACGUGGAGAGUGACAGCAAGCUGCAUCUGGAGAGCAUGCUGCUGGAGACAGGGCACCGGACCCUGUGACCGUCCCAGAGCUUGGCUCCAGAUCACUGGCGUCUUCCUGUCCCCCAGUGGACAGUCUUCUGGGUGGGACCUGGUGUUGUGCCCAGGACCAGACCCUUCACUCUGCCCUGGCUGCCCACCAGCCUUCGUGGGGUUCUCUAGGACCAUGUAGCCUCUGCGGGCAUGCUCAGCCCCGCUGUAGGCACCAUCCCUUGUGCCUCGUCCGCCUGUCAUUCCUGACCUGAUGUGUUCCUGAGCAGUGACUGAGGGCUCUGGUUUUUGCAAGUUAAGUGUACUUGACAUCUCACUCACCUGGGUGUAGAAAAUCCCUCAUGCCACAUUUUUACUUUUAUACUUAUCUGUAUUUAGGACUUUAUGACCAUGUAUUCUAUAAUUACAACUCAUGUUUAAAAUCUUACAGACUCAACAAGGUAAAAUUUGGCAUCGUGGAAAUGAAAACUGCUAACAAAAACACAGCCACUGUGUGCCUCCCCAGGUUGUGCCUGGCCAGGGAGAAGUCCUCUCCUCCCAAACCUUGCACAUUACAUGGGACUGUGUAUGUUGUGGAACUGAAUAAAUGUGUGGUUUUAGCUUU